AUGCACAAGCUGGAUCAACCGCAAGAAAAGCACGUAAUCCGAGACGAUCACCCGUCAGGGCACCCAGCAGAGAUCAUCGUAAACAAGGAAGAUACCGACCGAUCAAGCGAAACAGCGAAAAUACUCGACAAUGCGGAAUUCAUGGGGUCGCUUCACGACGAUAACCACAACGACGAAGUAGAAAACGACCAGCAAGACGCUGAAGAGGACAACAAUGAACAAAACGAUGAUCGCAACGAACAAAAAGAAAACGAUGAUCCAGGCAACGAACAAGAAGAAAACAGUGAUCGAGGCGACGAAUGCGAAGAAAACAACGAACUCGAGGAAGAAGGUAUCUUUGAAGGAAAUCGCUGA